AUGUUCUCGUUAAUGCUCUUUGAUGAAGCUCUUUGUGAGGAUGACUUUUUAUUCCGUUGUUUCUUCACUUUUUAUAUCGCACAAACUAAUCACAAAAUGUCAAUCCAGGAAUACAUAGAAACGCACAACCUCUCGAAAAGAGUGGAAGAAACCAUCAACGCGGCGGUUAAAGCGAAAGCUCCGGAACCGAUUUCGUUCAUGGCUGAUCACUUGAGAAAGCAAACGCCACCGGCGAUCACGAAAGUUGUCGGUCGCCAAGUCUUUGACUCUCGAGGCAACCCGACGGUGGAAUGCGACAUUUACACCGGAAAAGGUAUGUACCGCGCGAUGGUCCCGUCCGGGGCGUCCACGGGUAUCUACGAAGCGGUUGAAUUGAGAGAUGGCGGUAAGGCGUGGAUGGGUAAAGGUUGCAUGACUGCGGUGAAGAACAUCAACGAAAUCAUCGGGCCGGCUUUGAUUGGCAAGGAUCCGAGAGAGCAAAAAGCGCUCGACGAGUUCAUGUGCAAAGAGUUGGACGGCACCGAUAACAAAGGGAAGUUGGGGGCGAACGCCAUCUUGGCGGUCUCCACGGCGUUGGCCAAGGCUGGCGCCGGGGAAAAGGGUAUUCCUUUGUACAAGCACAUCUCUGAGUUGGCGGGUAACAGCAAGUUGGUCUUGCCGGUGCCGGCGUUCAACAUCAUCAACGGCGGUUCCCACGCCGGAAACAAAUUGGCCAUGCAAGAAUUUAUGAUCUUGCCGGUUGGCGCGAAGUCGUUCGCGGAAGCCAUGCAAAUGGGUUCGGAAGUUUACCACAACUUGAAAUCGGUCAUUAAGAAGAAGUAUGGCCAAGACGCGUGCAACGUCGGCGACGAAGGCGGCUUCGCGCCGAAUAUUCAAGACAACAAGGAAGGUUUGGACUUGGUUGUCGAAGCCAUCGAAAAAGCUGGCUACACCGGAAAGGUGAAAAUUGGUAUGGACGUCGCGGCGUCUGAGUUCUUGACCAAGGACGGCAUGUAUGACUUGGACUUCAAGACGGAGGAUAACGAUGGUUCUCUGAAGAAAACCGGGAAGGAGAUGAUUGACUUAUACAACGAAUUUUGCACGGAGUACCCGAUGGUUUCCAUCGAAGAUCCGUUCGACCAAGACGAUUCGGAGAACACGGCGUUGUUGACGGCUGGCGGUAAGUGCCAAAUCGUUGGUGACGAUUUGUUGGUCACGAACCCGAAGAGAGUCCAAGCGGCGAUUGACGGCAAGUGGUGCAACGCGCUCUUGUUGAAGAUCAACCAAAUCGGUACGAUUUCCGAAUCUAUCGAAGCGGUCGGCAUGUCCAAGAAAGCUGGUUGGGGGGUCAUGGCUUCGCACAGAUCUGGUGAAACUGAAGAUUCUUUCAUCGCGGACUUGGCGGUUGGUUUGGCGACUGGUCAAAUCAAGACUGGCGCGCCGUGCCGAUCGGAGCGUUUGUCCAAGAUGAACCAAUUGUUGAGAAUCGAAGAGGAGCUUGGUGCGGACUCUGUCUACGCGGGUGAGAACUACAGACACAUCGGCUGGUAA